GAUAAGUACAUACAAUUAAAUUAUUUCUUUCUUUCAACAAAUAUGUAUGUAUUUGCCACAUAUUUAUUUACUAUUGCAUUAAUAAAAUGAGUGGCGUGUAAAUGUUCACACCCGGCAUAGGCUACUGGCGGGUAGUCCAGGCGGCGGGGAGUCUGUAGCUAGCGGCUCCAGUUAUUGUAGGCUCUCCAUCGAUCGGGCGUCCAGCCGAGUCCCUUGAGGUUUACAAGGCUUUCACAUACUCGUAUCUGUCCGCGUGCUUUAGAGAUGCUGCAUUAGGCUUCGUUACAGCAUCACGUCCAAUCCACUCCAAGCAUCAUAAGCGAAGGAGAGAACAGUUGAAACAAGCGCACACCCACUCACUAAAAAACAUCCGCGCUCUGCCUCUUCUGCCACUGUCAAAUCUCGGAGACCCGGUGUUGGUUCGAAGUUGGAGCUUCGUUUUAUUGAGUACAAACAGAACUCUUGGAAACGCUUCUGACAGACAUCAUGUGAGAUGGGCCAGGCGUGCGGACACUCGCUGCUGUGCCGUAGCCAGCAGUACCGACCAGCAGCAUCAGAGAUAAGGGGACAGCAGGUGUUCCUGAGGGUGGAGGAGCCACGGUCACAUCCAGACUCUCUGCAGGAUGCCCUGCUCAAGCUGGCCUCUGCGACGGAGAGCGGUUCUUUGCGAGACGCUAUCAAAGAUGCGCUUCAGGCUGUGCUUUCCAAAGUGGAAGAUGUUUUUAUCUACCUUCUGAAUGUGGAAAGUGGUCAUCUGCUGUGUGAGUCCCUGCACCAUGAGUUGCUUACUGAAGAAAAAGUCAGAGAUGUUAUCACGCUGCAGCAGAGGGUUCAGUGUGAUGGUCUGUCUCCAUUAAAGCUGCAGGAUGGGGAGGGGAGUAGCCUGGCAUCACCUCUGCCACCUGACAAACAAGUGCUGAUUAUUCCACUCAUGGACCAGGACCAAAGCAAAGUCAUUGCCCUGCUUUUGGUGUGCUGCAAACAUCUGACUGAAGUAGAGGAGCAAAAACUGGACAUCCUGGAGAAACAUGUCACUGUGGCCUGCAGGAGGGUCCAGCAGUUGCAGAGGGGUGCUCAGACUCCACUCAGAUCUCCCGGCCCAUUCGUCAGGCAGUCCGAGAAUUCCCUGACCACACCAGAGACAAUCAAGCCUGAUGGGAACUACAGCGAACUUGACUGCAAGAUCCUGCAGCUGUGCGGAGAGCUGUAUGACCUGGAUGCUUCCUCACUCCAGCUAAAGGUCAUCCACUAUCUGCAACAGGAGACACAAUCACUUUGCUGUUGUCUGCUGCUUGUGUCCGAGGACAACCAACAGCUCUUCUGUCAGGUAGUGGGAGACAAGGUGCUGGAGGAAGAAAUCUGCUUUCCUUUAACAUUUGGCCACCUCGGGCAGGCAGUGGAGAAGAAGAAAUCCAUCACUUUACAAGAAGUCAGUCCAGAGGAGCACCAGCAGCUGAACAGCAUGCUGGGAUUUGAGGCGAGCUUGAUGCUGUGCGUGCCCGUCGUGAGCCGAGCCACCUCCCUGGUCGUGGCCCUCGCCUGUGCAUUCAACAAGAGGGGUGGAGAGAAGUACUCUCAGAUGGAUGAGUGGAAGAUCCAACACUGUUUUCGCUACACAUCUUCAGUGCUAACCAGCACAUUGGCCUUUCAGAAAGAGCAGAAACUCAAGUCGGAGUGCCAGGCAUUGCUGCAGGUUGCCAAAAACCUCUUCACACACCUUGACGAUGUGUCCGUGUUGCUGCAAGAGAUCAUUGUGGAAGCGCGAAACCUCAGCAAUGCAGAGAUCUGUUCCGUUUUCCUCCUGGACCGUGUCAGUCAUGAGUUGGUCGCCAAGGUGUUUGAUGGUGGUCUUGUGAAUGAAGACGAGAAGGAGUUUCGGAUCCCUGCCGACCAGGGAAUCGCUGGACAUGUGGCCACCACAGGGAAGAUCCUAAACAUAAAAGAUGCCUACUCACACCCGCUCUUCUACCGGGGCGUGGAUGACAGCACAGGGUUCCACACCCGGAACAUUCUCUGUUUCCCUAUAAAAGAUGAGAACAAUGAGGUCAUUGGAGUGGCUGAGCUUGUCAACAAGACCAAUGGUCCAUGGUUUAACCGCUUUGAUGAAGACUUGGCUACGGCCUUCUCCAUAUAUUGUGGUAUCAGUAUUGCUCAUUCUCUGUUGUACAAGAAGGUCCAUGAGGCCCAGUUUCGAAGUCACCUUGCUAAUGAAAUGAUGAUGUACCACAUGAAGGUGUCAGAAGAGGAAGUGACCAAGCUGCUGUCCACUGGGUUUGAGAUGCAUCCCUGUUUUGCUGAGUUCAGCUACACGCCACGCUCACUGCCAGAUGAGAGCACACCCCUGGGUAUUCUCAGCAUGUUUGAGGACAUGGGUUUCAUCAGCACCUACAAGAUCAACAUGCACACUCUGGCCAGGUUCUGUCUGAUGGUGAAGAAGGGCUACAGAGACCCCCCAUACCACAACUGGAUGCACGCCUUCUCUGUCUCACACUUCUGCUAUCUGCUCUGCAAGAACCUGCAGCUCAGCAACUACCUGGAUGACAUUGAGAUUUUUGCCCUCUUCGUGUCCUGCAUGUGUCAUGACCUGGAUCACAGAGGAACCAACAACUCCUUUCAGGUGGCAUCGCAAUCUGUAUUGGCUGGCCUGUAUAGUUCAGAGGGUUCCGUCAUGGAGAGACACCACUUUGCACAAGCAAUUGCUAUCCUCAACACCCAGGGCUGCAACAUCUUUGACAAAUUCUCAAGAAAGGAUUACCAGAGAAUGCUGGACUUAAUGAGGGACAUCAUUCUGGCUACAGAUCUUGCUCAUCACCUGCGCAUUUUCCAGGACCUGCAGAAAGUGGCUGAAGAGGGCUACAACCCAAAGAACCGUCACCACCACAGCCUCCUGCUCUGCUUGCUCAUGACCUCCUGCGACCUCUCCGACCAGACCAAGGACUGGAAGACGACCAGGAAGAUUGCAGAACUUAUUUACAAGGAAUUCUUUUCUCAAGGGGACCUGGAAAAGGCUAUGGGGAACCGCCCCAGUGAGAUGAUGGACAGGGAGAAGGCAUAUAUUCCUGAGCUGCAGACAAGCUUCAUGGAGCAUAUUGCUAUGCCCAUCUACAAGCUCCUCCAGGACAUUUUCCCCAGGUCGGCAGAGCUUUACGAGAGGGUGGCGGCCAACUGCGAGCAGUGGACCAAGGUUUCCCACAAGUUCAACAUUCGCGGAUUGCCUAGCAACAACUCGCUGGAUUUCCUGGAUGAGGAGUGCGAGCAGAUGCAGGAGCAGGAGGGCAGAGAUGGUCCGCGGGCAAACGGCUUCACAGAGAAUGAAGGGGACACACAGACCCCGUGACCAACAUGCGCACAAAGACAUCAUAAAAUAUGUAUGUGCAGCAAUCUGUAGCGGCAUACAUUUGUGACAGAGAGAGAGACAGUUUCCAUUAACCGCACAGACAUUUUGGAGCCACAGUAGUGCUAAUAGCAGAAUGUUGUUGCAGUCAUUGAAAGUGGGUUGCCUGGAGGCACUGCGCUAAGAUACAGGCAUCUGUGAAAUAUUUUCUACAAACACCCUGUGAAUACUGUUCAUCAAUGUUUACUUUAACAGGAAUAAUUCUAUGUGCUCUGACAAACUGUGGUGAAAACUUGUUGACUUUAAUGCUAAUUCUAGUGCGGUGAGUACAACCUGUUCAAUAUUUUAAAUUAAGAAAAUAUGCUGCAUGUAGGUUAUUUGUAUUUUAUGUUUCAUCUAGGGGAUACAUUUUGAACACCACCUUCUCAUUUCAUUUUACUUUUCAUUAAGUUCUUUUGCAAAAAGUACAUUUGUCAGUUUUGAUAUUGAUCUAGUACUCUUAAAGGUAUGGCAUGUAAGUUUGUUUUAGAACACUUUUGUUCAGAUUUGAUUAUAUUUCCGUAUAUCUAGUCGGAAAGCCUCAGGCACUGAAAUCGGCCAUUCAAAAUUUCACUGCGCCAGAAUCUUAACAACCAAUCAGGACAGCUCUCUGCAAGGAGGCUUCCCUACCUGCCUGUCAAUCCUGUUGUGCAAUCACAGUGCUGCCAGAGCAGGCAGGAUGGGGCUACACAGAUAAGAGCAGAGCAGAGAUAGUGCAGAGAUAGUGCUAAAGCUAGCUAGCUAGUAGAAAACGAUAGAUUGAGAUAUAUCUGAUGCAAACAGAAAUAAAUCUAGCUCUCUCUUGCCCAUUUCUCUAAGCUUACACACUGCACCUUUUAAAUGAGACAGUGUGACAAUCAAGCAUCUGUAUUUCAUUCUUUUUACUCCAACAUUUGUGCUGCAUGUGUAGGCCUACUUUUUCUCUCAUGCCUAUCAUGCACACAAAAACCUAUAAAAUGCUGAUACAAAGAUGUUGGGAUUUUGUUAAUGGACAACCCUUGGCAUUAUAACUAGUUUAGUAAAGAACAUUUCAACAUGAAAGUACUCUACAUCAAUUUUAUAAAUCAUUUUAAAGUGGAUUGCUUUUUUUGUGAUUACAUAAUCAUACUGAAAGAAUAUGAUUGUGACAGAAUAUGACUAAGUCCCUUUAAGAACAUUGAAUUAUCAUAAUAACAACUUUGGGGUGUUUAUGUAAUGCCCACACUAUUCUUUGACUGUUAAAUACAUUUAAAAUACACACACAGUAAGACAGGAUAUCAGGGUGAGGAAAUAGUGCUCUUAUCUAGCAAUGCAAAUGUCUGUAGAUUUGAUGAAAGUGGUUGUAAAUAUAUUUUUUGAUGACGGCUGUAGGCUCUGUCAUUCUGAAGUCAAUCUUACAUUAUGUAUGGAAUAUUGGCUUGCCUUACCAUGUCUGACCUGCCUUUGGAUUGAAAGACUCUGUGUUUGUAUAUAUUUGCAUUGGUACAGUAUAUGUUGUUUAACAUUGACUGGAGAAAAUACAUACAAAUGUUCUAAAAAAAAGCGCUUAAGAAUAGAAAAUUAUAUUUAUUUUUUCUUAUUUAAAUCAACAUGUUGGGAAGACUUAUCAGUAUGCAACACAGAAGAGACAAACAGUAAUCAAGGCCUUUAUCUAUACAAUUAAUACAAGACAAUACACAGAUUACGGUGAGUCCAGUAUUCUGGUGUUUAAUUCCUAUUGAGGAGUAUACAUAGAUAUUUGAUAAUAUUGCACAUGUAGUGGUCAUGUUAUUGUAAAUUGUGGAUAAGUCAUGAUGUUGCACCUGCUGUGCUCAGUGUGAUCAUAAGUGCAUAUGGGUAUUUGACGAUAUUGCUCAUGCCGUGUAACCAUGAGUGCUCUUAUAAUUAUGUGAAGAUUAGUGUGUUUACACAGGCCAUAGUCAUUUAAGUAGUAAUGUCAAUAUAUGUUUCAAUAAGAAAUGCAAAUACAAGAAAUAUAUUUGAUUAUAUGUAAAAAAAUAAAUAAAAAAACAUUGUCAGAUAUUACAUAUAUAAAUUAUUGCCACUUUCAUAAACGUGGCUCUGCAUGUACUAAAAACAUAUUUUAUGCAUCUGAUCAUAUAUGGAAGUGUCAAUAAUUAUAAUAAUAAUAAUAUAUUAAAUAUAUUCUGACAUAUAUUAGAUGUUACUUGUUUUCGUCUCAAAUUUUGAGAUAUUUCUCUAAGGAAUGUCUUCUGACACCUCUAUAAAUGCUAAAAUUGCAUCCAUUAAAUCAUAAAAUUACUUUCUUUAUAUUCAGGACCUGCCAUGUAUACUAUUUAGUACAAGAUAUAAAAAGACAUUCAGAACAUUACAAGACACAGAUAUGAAAAAAACAUCAAUUAAAUACAUUUUCUAUAUCAUGUAUUCAGUAAUCUUGUUGAGAGUUGGGAAUGGGUAGGCCACUUCCUCUUGUGGCUACAAGAACAGAUACAUUACAUGUUCCUGCAUUGCCUUUCUUUGCUUUCAAGGGCAGCCAUUCUUUUGGAAAACUUUAAAUGGAGGGAAUGUCUGGACUGGCAUUGCAUUUGUCAGCAAGUCAGCCUUAUAAUGCUUUGUAAAUGUUGCAAAGUACAGUCUUGAAGCACUUUAACUGAGAUUCCUUUUGAAAUACUAUGGGAUUUAAACGUUUCCAGGUCCAGUUUGGUAUUUUCCAUGUGUUAUAAUGAUAGGUAUUUCCGAGAACAACCUUGGGUGUCCUUGAAAUUAAACUCAGAUACUUUGAACUAAUCUUGCAUAUCCCUCCAUGUGGUUUCAAUCAUUGUUUGAGGCUUAUGCUACUUCCUGUCUUGUUUCCUUCUGCCUUUUCAUUAAUGCAAAAUGCUAACUGCAUUGGGCGUGACUUAACUGUGGAUACUCCAGUAUUUGUAAUAGUCCAUUUUAAAUGUGCUCAUUUGUACGUGUUUUUUUUAUUAAAUACAUUUGGAUUUGUUUCCCAGUCCUACCAGAAAGGGGAGGCCAUUGCCAGUGCCAAAUAUGUGAUAUGUAUUUAAUUUCUCUUAGUCUUAUCUCAAUAUAUAUCAGGGGUAUAUUGACAUUUUUCAAAUACUUUUUCAUUUCUUCACAGGGCUUUUUCCUAUGUGAUUGCACUGCUGUACCUAUAUGGUUAGCAUGUCGUUGUACCUACUGUUGUUUGAUUUUUUCUGCUUGAUUGGGUUUUACAGUUCACCAACAUUCCAAAAGUGAAAGAGAAACGUUUUCAGGGAUGUCCAAACAUAAUUUUUCAAGAUCCGGAAUUAUAGCAAUUCACACUAAAUAUAACAUUUAAUUGAAAAAACUUUGAUGACUAACACUAAGGACUUUUCCAGACAUGUAGAAUGUUUUAUUUCUCUUUGAUAUUGCAAAUAAGUCUGAUUGAUGUCUCAUUCUGUUAUAAUUUGUAAAUGUUCUUUAUGUUGAUGCUGUACAGGGUGUGUGUAUGAAUAUUUUGUGCUCAAACGGACAAUGAACAAAGCAACUUAAUAAAAAAUUUCACAAAUUGAA